AUGGCUCUGCCUAAAGUUAAGCAGAUCUUUGAUGUGGUACCAUCGACUGAAUACUUACAUACAGUUAACGAUGGAGGGAGGCAUUACACCGUCUGCCUGUUAGAGAGAAAAUGCGUUUGUGGGAGGUUCCAAGUUGAUGAAUUACCAUGCCCACAUGCUUGGGCUGUAUUGAAGAGCAAGUUUCUAAUGCCAGAAGAUUAUUGCUCUAACUAUUACAAACCAAAUUCUGUUGUAAUGACAUACGAUGUGCAUGUGUACCCGCUACCGGACAGAAAUGACUGGAAUAUACCACCACAUGUUGCAGAGGAAGUUGUAUUACCACCCAAAUGGAAAUGA